AAUUUGCGCAAACGCACGCGAGGAGCAGCAGUAGAGUGGUGGUGAUGCUCGCUGCAUGCCGCAUGUCUUGCGUCGCAUAGCGCACACACACAGACGGAAGCGGGCUCGUGUCAGCUGGAAUCACCUUUACACAUUAUUUCGCGUCCAGUAAACGCGACGAAUCUGAGGAAUUUGGGUUCAACACACGCAAAACCUGACGGGUUGCGAGCACCAGCACAUUUCCAUUAGCCUCUAACGCGUUACUUGAAGUAAUCAUGGGAAAACAGAACAGCAAACUGACCCCUGAGGUGAUGGAGGACCUUGUGAAGAACACAGAGUUUAAUGAACAUGAGCUCAAGCAAUGGUACAAAGGCUUCCUGAAAGACUGUCCCAGUGGUCGACUAAACCUGGAGGAGUUUCAGCAGCUCUAUGUUAAGUUCUUUCCUUAUGGUGAUGCAUCAAAGUUUGCGCAGCAUGCAUUCAGGACCUUUGAUAAGAAUAGUGACGGCACUAUCGACUUCAGAGAGUUCAUCUGCGCCCUGUCCAUCACGUCACGGGGAAGCUUUGAGCAGAAGCUUAACUGGGCCUUCAACAUGUAUGACCUGGAUGGAGAUGGCAAGAUCACUCGAGUGGAGAUGCUGGAGAUUAUAGAGGCUAUUUAUAAAAUGGUGGGAACCGUGAUAAUGAUGAAGAUGAACGAGGACGGUCUGACACCAGAGCAAAGAGUGGAUCGGAUCUUUAGCAAGAUGGAUAAAAACAACGACGACCAGAUCACACUAGACGAGUUCAAAGAAGCUGCCAAGAGCGACCCAUCCAUCGUACUGCUCUUGCAGUGCGACAUGCAGAAGUGAGGCUGCGCAUGCUAGCAUGCUCCGGACUGAAUGAGUUAUCUGUUUCCACUCUCAUUUCCACAAGAGUAACAUGUUUGGACUACUUUUAAAUGAACUUUCUUCUUGUGAUUGAACAACUAGUAUGCAUGAGAAUGUUAAAUGCUAAAGAGUUUAGAGUAUAUCCGUUUAAUUUCCAACAUGCAACAAUGUGAGACGUGUAAAUCAAACGAGUCCAGUUGUUUUCACGCAUUCAUUGUCAGUGAAGUGCUCCGCCGUAUUUCAUUUCUAGCUGCAAUACUUCCUAUCACACGCACUACGUUUACUGCUGUACUUCAUGCAGUAGUUUGGGUACCGAAAUCGAAACGUGUCACACUAAAUGUUACGAUGAAAUCAGUCUGUUGAACUUCAAUACUCAAAAUUAAGGAGGGCAGAGAGGUUUAUGCAGCCCUCCUUCCAAAUGUGCUUGUACUUGAGAAUAUAAAUGUAAGUUAUUUGCAUGCAUGUCCUAAGUGUAAAACCUACUCUCUUCAUUUUGGCAACCUUGACAAAUAAUACAAGGGAGGCCUUAUAUAAAUGAUAGUAUCAAUAACAAUACUAAUGUGUGAGAUUUACAUUUGUUACUCAUCUAUCCAUUAGAUGUCCUCCCUUGGGUGCAUGUUUCCUCUUAAAAGACUUACCAUGUGUGUUGUAAAAGCUUUCAGUAAGACACAUGUUCCAGCCCCGCCUCUAUCUUUUUGAAAUUUUGCAUUAUUUGCAUCUGCCAUUGACUUCUGCUGGUUUCACCAUAUUUUGCACUGACACGAGGACCUAAUAACCAGUAUAACCAGUCUAAAAUGAAUGCUUCUGUUUUUUUAAUGUUAAAUGACCACUAACAUCGUUCGUACUGUGUUAUGCUUUUUUUUUUUCUUUUUCUUUUUUUUCUUUUACUUUGCGCGGUAUCAUCGUCACAUGCAUGAAUGGUUGCCUGUGAAUUUGUUUUCAGUAAUAAUACAGAAUGGGCAAUAUAACAUUUUAAGUGAAUUUUCCCUGGAGGGCAUUUAGUAAUGGUAAGUUAUCCACUUCCCCUGGUAUUACAACAAAACCUUAUCCAGAAUGGGUUUGGUACACGUUUACUCUUAGUGUGCUGCAUUUUUAAUGAACCGUUUUUUGUAAAACAAUAUUUCUACUCCAGUUCUCAACAUUUCAAAUACCCAUGAUUUUUAGCUGCACUCCUUCCAGUACCCUCUCUAAUUUAUUCUCAACAUUUUGUAUCCUCAAUAUUUUAUGUUCUCCCAAGAAGUACAUAAAUAUAUGGCAUCCCAAAUUUUGGCAACAAACAACAACAACAACAACAAAAAAACACCCUUUCACCUCCUGUGACACUCAGGACGACAUCAGACCCUUUGGCGGAGAAUAGACAGAUCUUUGUAAAAUGCAAUUGCCCAAUAAAUAGUGUAUAUCUUUGCCCUGUAAAUAUUUGUACCUAAUACGGUAAAGCCAAAUUUAAGCAGUCAUUUAAUUGUGUAAUAUGAGGUUUGUGUUUUAUUUGUGGCAUGUCUUCAACUCGGUAUGUAACAGUUGCACUGACAACAUUGUGAUUAAAAUCAAUAAAAUAUCUAUGGGUUGUUUUCAGAA